AGUUUUUAGGAUAACUUGAAAUCCAUUUUACAUUAUUUAAGGUCCCCGCUUAUAAGUUUACUUCACAUUACUCCGUACUCCAUAAGAAUUUGUUUGUGAAUUUGUAAUUGUUUUUUUUUUUUUUUUAACAACCAAAUUUGUAAUUAGUCUAAUAGUCUCUGAUUAGUGGGUUUCCUCAAAUUAACCAAGGAUGCCGGUCCAUGCCCAAAUUAGCCAAGGCUGUCGGUCGAAUCUAAUCCAGGCCAAUUAGUUUCCCACAUAGGAGCAGCUGUGUAACGGUGUACGAACUCACCACCAAAUUUCACAAAUCACUGUCACCAAUUUUCAAUUCCCACAAUUGAACAAUUUGUAACAGUCAUACAUACCCAGUACUCCGUACCAUUUACCAAUCCUCUAAACUUAACGAUCCAAAUAAAAUUGAAUUUCAAGCAGAUUUCAGAAACAGCAGACUCCAUCAGAUUAUGUCUUCUGUGAUCUUUUCUCUCUUCUCCAAUCACUGAGUAAAGGCCAUGUCUUUCUUCAAUGGCGUCGAGCAGAGGAAAGACCCUAUUCAAUUGAUUCAAUUUGAAGAAACGUUUCAGAGAUUGGAAGAGCUCAUUCAAAAGACCGAUUCUGGGAAUACCCAAAUGGAUAGUUUGAUUAAUCUGGAAUACCCAGAUGAGGAAAUUGAUCAAAACUGUGAAAUUAUUGAUGGGAUUUUGAUGAAAUUCGCAGAAAAUGAGAAUUUGGAAAGUAAUUCUGUUGAUGGUCCUAUUAUAUCUCAAAUAUUUGCAGUAGGAAGAGGAUGCACAAAGAAGAUGAGUUUGAUGGAAGUGGCUACUCUUUUCCAAAAUUAUGAUAAAACUGGUGCAUCAGUCCUUGAUCUUCAAGGAAGGCUUAUGGCUGAAGUUGAGUGGCUUCCUUUAUCACUUGUGAAAUUGUCAAAUUUAACUGAAAUUGACAUAUCGAAGAACGAAAUUAUGGCUCUUCCAUCAGAUGUUGGUAACCUCAAGGCGUUGAAGAAGUUUGACAUCCACUCGAAUCAACUAAUAAAUCUUCCAAGAUCAAUUGGAGAGCUCACGAAUCUGACUGACCUUGAUCUUCAUGGGAAUAGGCUGAAAUCUUUGCCAGCUUCCUUUGAGAAGUUAGUAGGCUUAGUCAAUCUUGAUUUGAGCUCUAAUUUCUUCACUCAAUUGCCUGAUUCAAUUGGCAACCUGAGCUCAUUGGAGAAGUUGAAUCUUGACAAAAAUGAACUCGAAGAGCUCCCUAGUGCAAUUGGCUCGUGUAUGUCUCUGGUGGUGUUGCAAGUAAAUUUCAAUCAGUUGAAUUCUCUUCCUGAGGCGAUUGGGAACCUUGCGAAUUUGGGGAUUUUGACAGUCCGCUAUAAUAAAGUGAAGAUUCUGCCAGAAACAAUGUGCAAUCUUCAAAGCUUAGAGGAACUCAAUUUGAGCUUUAAUGAGCUCGAAUCAGUCCCUGACUGCUUAUGUUCUAUGGCGAGCUUGAAGAUAUUGAACAUUGGGAACAACUUUGUUGAUCUCACAUCCUUGCCAAGCUCAAUUGGAAACUUUGUAAUGCUAGAGGAGUUGGACAUAAGUUAUGAUCAAAUCAGAGUUUUGCCGGAUUCUUUCAGGUUCCUAUCAAAGCUGAAGGUGUUUCUUGCUGAUGGAACACCACUUGAAAUUCCCCCAGAGAUUAUUAAGCUGGGAGCUCAGGCUGUCGUUCAGUACAUGGCUGAACUUGUCGAUAAAAGAAACAGGUUUCCAAACCGCAUACUGAAGGGAAGAAGGGGAUUAUGGUCCUGCAUCUUGUCUUGUUUUUGCCUUGAUGAAGUAAUACCAGCGCAAAGGAACUAAUCAAGAAAACAUUAAACCCUGUACAAUAGCCGCUUCCAUGUUUAUCUGUUUUCCCCUUUUCUUCUGUAUAUUCAAAUGUUUGAACACUUAAAACUAAUGCUGUAAAUAUGUUAUAGUGAAUAAUAAGAGUAAACAUGGUGAUAAAUUCUAAUGCA